ACCGAGUUAUGGUUUUUCCUAUUUUUUUAUUUGAUUUGAUAAAGUUAUUCGUAAUUAGUAUAAAAUGCCACUUCUUUUUCUACUUCACUAUAGUCACAUUUCACAUAGCAAUGAGGUGCGCCAUACUUUUGACGGUGAUCAGCGUCGCUUUUGCGGCGUCUGUGCCGGAGCCGAGGCAGCAGCGUAUCGUCGGCGGCAGCGCCACCACCAUCAACAAGUACCCGUUUGCUGCGCACUUCCAACGGAAUUGGUUGAACAUACUAUGGAGCGCCCAUUGUGGAGGUUCCUUGAUCAGCACCACUGUGGUGCUGUCCGCUGCUCAUUGCUUCGACGCUGGUUUGGCGCCGAGUGACUACCGCGUUCGUCUUGGCAGCUCCUCCAACACCAACGGAGGAACCCUCUUCAGUGUAGCCUCUUACUUGAACCACCCUGAAUACAGAAACCUUGACAAAGACGUAGCCCUUGUGAGGCUCGCAACACCGGCCGUCUACAGUGACGUCAUUAAAGCUGCCCGCAUACCGUCCACUUCUUUCUCGAUUGCAGAUGACACUAAAUUGACUGUGAUUGGUUGGGGUGCUCUGUAUGCUGGUGGUCCGGCUCCUGAGAUCCUCCAAGAAGUCGAGGUUGACAAAAUCAACCAGGAAGUUUGCGCUGAACGCUACAGGCUCCUCAACGAGCAACGGCCACCAUGGUCCCAGUUGCCUGAAGUCACCGCCAACAUGUUCUGCAGUGGAAUCCUCGACGUGGGAGGCAAGGACGGUUGCCAAGGAGACUCCGGCGGUCCCGUCAUAUUGGACAGCGACAUCGUGGUUGGAAUCACCUCGUGGGGAGAAGGCUGUGCGCAGGCUCGCUACCCUGGCGUGAACGCGGACGUCAGUGCCGCCAGUGAAUGGAUUGUUCAGAAUGCUUAGAUUUGAGUUUAAAGAAAUUAAAACUUGAUAAUAAGCGAAAA